AGGCGGUGCAGGGUGGGUGUGUGGUUGCGGCAGUGCAGCGCGAGGGCGAGUGAGGUGCCGUUGGCCAGGAUCUGUUGGGCAGAGCAUACAACAAAAGGAAUGACUGUGAACACUCCAGCGCUCUGUUUCAGAAGCAAGAAAAUUCUUGCUCCCAUGGUGCGGGUUGGAACAUUACCCAUGCGUCUUUUGGCUUUGGAUUUUGGUGCUGAUAUUGUGUACUGUGAGGAGCUGAUUGACAUAAAGAUGGUGCAGUGCAAAAGAGUUGUAAAUGAGAUGCUUGAAACAGUGGACUUUGUAGCACCUAACGAAAGAGUUGUUUUCAGAACGUGUGUGAGAGAGAAAGAUUGUGUUGUCUUUCAAAUGGGAUCAGCAGAUGCUGAGAGAGCAUUGGCUGUUGCCAAGCUUGUAGAAAAUGAUGUAGCUGGGAUUGAUGUCAACAUGGGCUGUCCAAAAGAAUAUUCUACUAAGGCAGGUAUGGGAGCAGCGCUGCUGUCUGAUCCUGACAAAAUUGAGUGUAUUCUGAGUACCUUGGUUAAAGGAAUUUGUAAACCAGUGACCUGCAAAAUCCGAAUCUUGCCUUCGCUUGAAGACACUAUAAGCCUGGUGAAGAGGAUAGAAAAGACUGGUGUUGCUGCCAUUGCAGUCCAUGGAAGGAAGAAGGAGGAGAGGCCUCAACAUCCUGUCCACUGUGAAGUGAUCAAAGCCAUCUCUGAGGCAGUCUCGGUUCCUGUAAUAGCAAAUGGCGGAUCUCAUGACUUCAUCAAAGAAUAUACUGACAUUGAAGCCUUCCAACAAGCAGCAGGUGCUUCAUCGGUAAUGAUAGCUCGUGCUGCCAUGUGGAACCCAUCCAUCUUCAGAAGAGAAGGCCUUUGUUCCUUAAAGGAAGUCAUGCAAGAAUACAUCAAAUACGCAGUGAGAUAUGAUAAUCACUAUACCAACACAAAGUACUGUCUGUGUCAGAUGUUAAGAGAACAGUUAGAAACCACAGAGGGAAAGAAACUGCAUGCUGCACAGUCGACUCAAGAAAUCUGUGAGGUCUUUGAAAUGGGCAGUUUCUAUGAAGAAACAAUAGCUAUUCUGGAAGCUAAGGCAUCAUUAAAGGCCAAGACGCAAGAUGAAGAUGAGCAGAUGGAAGACACAGAUGUGAUAAAAAUGGCUGUUAGAUUUGACAAGCGAGAAUAUCCACCACAGAUUACUCCCAAAAUGUAUCUCUUGGAAUGGUGUAGGAAGGCGAAGCACCCACAACCUGUUUAUGAAACUGUUCAAAGACCAUUAGAUAAAUUAUUCUGUUCAGUUGUCACAGUAGCUGAACAAAAAUAUAGAUCAACCUUAUGGGACAAGUCAAAGAAGCUAGCAGAACAGGCUGCAGCUAUAGUCUGUCUUAGGACUCUGGGUCUCCCAGAGGGGAAGCUUAACGAGGGAGAAAACCACCUGAUUAACAAACGCAAGAGAGAGAACGAGGAGUUCCUGAACAACAAAGAACAUGAAGAUGACCACCUUGUUGAGGCUUCACAUAAAAGAGCUCAUUUUACUGAGGGAGCUUCUGACUCCAGCUCUUCUGAGGUGCCACGAUAGCAUGAAAAGCAAGCAUUCCACAACUGUGCAGCUACCAAUUCACUUGCUUUUUUUUAUAUCCUGCUAUUAUAUUUCAUCUAGACUCUAUCAGUCGGAGACAGGUAAACUCUGCCCGAUUAUGAAAACCUACUGUACUGGGUAAAUGUUUUUUGUUUUUUGCUUUGGUGCCUUUCAAACAGGAUAAAUUAGCAGCCUGGGUUUUAAAUAAGAAUGAGAAGAUGAUCCCAACAUUAAAUUCUGUUUCAAUAGUAAACUAUUUUCAGUUUA